AUGAAGGUUCUGUUGCUGAAGGAUCCCAGAGACAAAGAGUCAGGAGCAGAUCCAUAUAUUAAAGAGAAUUGGGAAUAUGGAUUUGAAGCAACUUUAAUUCCAGUUCUGUCAUUUGAAUUCAUAUCUCUUGAAAGUUUAUUUGAAAAGCUCUCGCAUCCAGAAUGUUAUGGAGGCCUAGUUUUUACCAGUCCAAGAGCAUUAGAAGCCAUUAAGAUAUGUUUGAAAGAUAACAGUAAAAAUGAAGCCUGGUCAAAAUCUCUUAAAGAAAGAUGGAAUGCCAAGCCAGCUUAUGUGGUAGGAAAAGCUACAGCUUCUCUAGUGGAAGAAAUUGGCCUUACUCCACAAGGAGAAAAGUCUGGAAAUGCUGAAAAAUUAGCUGAAUAUAUUUGCUCAAGAGAGAAGCCUAAUUCCUCAUCUCUUCUUUUUCCUUGUGGAGCCCUGAAAAGAGAAGUAUUACCUACAGUACUUAGAGAAAAAGGUAUACCCCUGGAAAGCCUGACUGUUUAUCAAACAACCCAACACAGUGACCUGCAAGAAUCUUUGAGCAGUUAUUUCUCACAACAGGGAAUUCCAGCCAGCAUUGUGUUCUUCAGUCCAUCUGGUGUCAGAUUUUGCCUCCAGCACAUCCAGAAGCUUUCGGGGAAUUUUAUCAACCAAAUCCAGUUUGCUGCCAUUGGCCCAACGACUGCUGAAGCCCUGGAAGGGGCAGGGGUCCCUGUUACCUGCACCCCAGAGGCUCCCACUCCCCAGGACCUUGCUGCUGGGAUCCAAAAGGCACUUCACUCACACAACUGCUUGAAGAGCACAGCGUGCAUUUGA